GGCUCUUUAAGCGAAGAAACCCCCCUUCAAGCUUUUGCUGCCCUUCGCCACUCACCUGCCGGUGGCACCGCUUCAAACCAUACGCAGUAACUACUCCCCAUCGUCGGCCCUCAUGAGGACACCAACAGCGACGGCGCUGCUCCUGGGCGCUGCGGCGGCGGCCCCUUCGGCCAGCAGCAGCACCAGCAGCAGCACCAGCAGCAGUAGCAACCCCCUGCCGGUCCGCAUAUCCAUCCGGUCGGCGCUCAACUCGCGGCUGGCCAACGUGCACAUCUCGAUGGACGCGGCGCCGGACGCAGGCGCCGCCGCCGUCAGCUUCACGUACGGCGCCUGCGACGCCGCGACGCCCGGGGGCGCGCACCAUACCGUCGGGCGCGUCGCGGCGCCCCGCUCGGCCGACCGGCUCGUCUGGGUCGUGCCCCAGGGCGCCGGGUCGGGCGGGUGCGUGUCUGCCUGGGCCAAUAAUAACGACGACGACGACGGCGGCGGCGGCGGCGUCGUCGUCCUCGUCGGCCGCAGCGCACCCCUGGCCUUCGACCACGCCAACAUGGCCAAGCUGCGGCGGCGCGGGGCCGCGUCGGCCGAGUCUGACGGGCGGCGGCGGCGGAGGCGGCAGCAGCAGCUGGACCCCAUCGCCAUGACCAAGGAGAACGGGUUCGAGGCGCAGGGCCCCUGGUUCGACGGCGUGGCCUUCCUCGCGGGCCGCAACGUCAGCGCCGUCGACGCCGCGGCGGCCAAGGGGCGGCGCAUCGCCGUCGUGGGCGCGGGCAUGUCCGGGCUCAUGACGCACCUGGUGCUGUCGCAGGCCGGGUUCCGCAACCUGUCGGUCGUCGAGGCGUCGGCCCGGCUGGGCGGGCGCGUGCGCACCGCCUACCUCAGCGGCGGGCCGUGGGACUACUCGUACCAGGAGAUGGGGCCGAUGCGGUUCCCGAGCGAGUUUACGUACGAGAAUAAGACGCACAACAUCUCGGACCACCAGCUCGUGUUCCAGCUCGCCGCCGAGCUUAAUAGGCUUAACGAGGGCCGGCCCGGCAACCUAUCGGUCGACUUCAUCCCGUGGAUCCAAAGCAACGACAACGGGCUGGUGUAUAUGAACGGCUUCAAGCUGCCCUCGGGUCUGCCGCCGACGGUGGCGCAGAUACGCGAAAACAGCACGCUCGGGGCGGCGCCGGUUCAGUAUGAUGCAGAGACUGCUGCCGCUGCUACUGCCCUGGCCACGGGUAGCAAGCCAAGCAUAGAGUUUCUGCUCGAGGUGGCCAAGAACACGUUCAGGGCCCACAAGCACUGGAUAGAGAGCGGCCCCUCCGGGCUCCCGGGUGACCAAUGGAGCCAGUUUGCCUACAUCAAGCACUACCUGAACGCUUCCCUCAACACGACCGACGUCCUGUCCAGCAGCUUCGACAGCUUCUGGUCCAAUAUCUACCACACGGUGUACUUUGGGGCCAGCAGCUGGAAGACCAUCGACGGCGGGCUGAACCGGCUGCCGCUGGCGUUCCACCCGCACGUGGAUGGGGACCUGACCCUGGGCCGCAAGAUCGAGCGCGUGCAGUACUCGGCGACAGGGGGGCAGGCCGGGCGCGGCGAGGUGACGCUGCAGUGGCGGGCCGAGGGCGGGACCGACGGCGCGUGGGAGAGCGAGGCGUUCGACUACGCCGUCGUGGCGGUGCCCUUCUCCGUGGUCAAGGGCUGGCGGCUGCCGCCGCUGGGCGUCACCAUCAGCAACGCCAUCGGCAAGCUGCCCCAGGCGGCCUCGUGCAAGGUGGCGCUCGAGUACCGCAGCCGGUUCUGGGAGCGGCUCGAGAGGCCCAUCCGGGGCGGCUGCUCGACCAGCUCCGACAUACCCGGCAUUGGGUCCGUCUGCUACCCGUCCUACAACAUUGGCGGCUCGGGCCCGGCCUCGACCCUGGCGUCGUACAACACGGGAAGCACGUCCGACUACUUCGCGUCCAUGCCCGAGGAGGAGCACGUGCGGCUGGUGCGCGAGGCCAUGGUCGACAUCCACGGGGACGUGGCGCGCGACGAGUACACGGGCAGGUACAACCGCAAGUGCUGGAAGCUGGACCCGCUGCAGGUCGGCGCCUUUGCGUCGCCGACGGUAGGGCAGAUGGAGCUGUACCUGCCCGAGUACUUCAAGAUGCACAGCAACAUGGCCUUCAUCGGUGAGCAUACGUCGUACACACACGCGUGGAUCGCUUCGGCGCUCGAGUCGGGCAUCCGCGGGGCGGUGCAGAUCAUGUUGGAGCUGGGCCUCGUGGACGAAGCAAAAGCAGCUGUGGACAAGUGGAUGGCGCGGUGGAUGGAUGUGUGAUUUGGGCUCACUGUCAUAUAAUUAUUUGCCGCUGUUCUUCAACUCGGGCAUCCAAAUGUGUUUGAAUAUUCGCC